GUAUCUCUCGUUCCAGCCCCGUCCGUCACCACUUCCUGUCCAGCUUCACCCUAACCAAGGCACUGGGAUCGUGCCGACUUCGACCUUUCACUCGCUUUCAACAUUCGUUAUUCUCCUGCACAUCCACUGACGGCGGCCAUAUCGCCCUCUCUUUGUUCUUUGACGUCGUCUCGUUCGUCGAGCAUCACCAUCGCUUCGAAAUCCCUCGCCUUUUCCCUUUUGUUCGCCUGCUCAUAACUCACCACCAUCACGUCCAAAGUCGAUGCCUACAACACUUUGAGCCACAUAAAAUCUCGGCCGAUCAGAUCUGAAUAUACCCUCAUAACUUUCUCCUACCCUCACUCGACCACCAUCACUCUGGUUGGCUCUCGACUUCGAUAACACCAUCCCUUGACGGGACAACCCUAUCCGCCUUCUACCCAUUAUCUCGAGCAACCACCACCAAAAUGAAGGUGCCCUCAUCCUUCUCAUCCUUCGUCUCCCUUCUCGCCGUCCUCUCUCUCCCUUUAUUGAGCGCUGCCGAAGAUGUAAUUGUGUCCAACUCCCUAAAUUCAUGCCAAAAGGGUUCCAAAUUCACAGCGUCUCUGUUCCAAGUUGCCUACACUCCUGGAAACGGCAGCAUUGGCCUCAACAUCAAGGGUGUGUCUACCAUCGUCGGCAAUGUCGUUGCUCACGUCGAAGCAUUUGCCUAUGGUUUCACCAUCGUCAAUCUCACCGUGAACCCCUGUGACAUGGAUUUGCCCGGUUUCUGUCCAAUGAGAUCUGGUGAUCUUACGAUUCUCACAAACUUCGACGUCGGUGAUCUUGGAGAUCAGGUCCCAGGAGCUGCGUAUCUCGUACCAGACCUUGAUGGCCUUGUUCGUGCUACGAUCAUCUCCUCCGACACCAACGAGGUCCUUGCUUGCUUGGAGGCUUCUUUAUCCAACACAAAGAGCGUGUAUCAUGCAGCUGUGGGGUGGGCCACUGCCAUCAUCGCAGGUUUAGGCCUGGUUGCAGCUGGCAUCACUUCUGGUCUAGGCCACCCCAACACUGCCGCUCACGUUGCUGCCAACGCCGUCUCUCUAUUUGGCUUCUUCCAGGCUCAGGCUGUCAUCGGCAUGACCUCAGUUGCAAUGCCUCCAAUUGUCCAGUCCUGGACUCAAAACUUCCAGUGGAGCAUGGGAAUCAUUAGAGUCGGCUUUCUUCAGUCGAUUGCAACCUGGUAUCAACGUGCCACCGGUGGCACUCCCACCACAUAUCUGUCUACUUUGAGCCAUUACUCUGUGCAAGUCCAGAAGCGUGCCCUCACGCGGUCUCUCGAUAGCAUGGUGGACUAUGCCACACAAGGACUACGCAACUACGUCAAACGCGCAGAGACUGCUGCUGAUAACGUCAAAGUCGUCCGCGGAAUUGAUAGAGUCGGGUUCAGAGCCGGCAUUGAGCAAACCAACAUUUUCAUGACCGGUCUCAUUUUCUUCAUCUUCAUUCUUUUCUUGGCUGCUAUUCUGGUCGCUCUCACAAAAGUCAUCCUCGAUGGCUGCGCCAGAGCCGGCUGGAUGAAGCAGGACAGGUUCUCUGAGUUCCGAAAUGGAUGGAAAAUCGUCAUCAAGGGCAUCUUGUUCCGAUUGGUCCUUCUCGGCUUUGUCCAAAUGUCGAUUCUUUGCUUGUGGCAGCUUGUUGAGCGCGAUUCCGCCGCUGAGGUCGUUCUGGCCCUGGUCGUCUUCUUGUCAAUGGCCGGCGCCCUGGGGUGGGCCUCGUGGAAAGUCGUCUCCCUCGCAAAGAAAUCCGUGGAGAUGCACAAGAACCCUGCCUACAUUCUGUACUCAGAUCCUGAAUGUCUCAACAAGUGGGGUUUCCUCUACGUUCAAUAUCGUGCCACCUCAUACUACUUCGUCAUCCCUCUUCUCGGCUACAUCCUGGUCAAGGCCAUCUUCAUCGCCUUUGCUCAGGCCUCACCCAUUGCCCAGGCUAUUGGCCUUCUUGUCGUCGAAGCCGUCGCACUGAUCGCCGUCAGCAUUCUCAAGCCUUAUAUGGACAAGAAGACGAACAUCUUCAACAUCUCUAUCGCCGCCGUCAACUUCUUCAACACCAUCCUGCUGCUGUUCUUCUCUGAUGUCUUUGGUACUCCUCGCAUGGUGCCAAGUAUCAUGGGUGUUAUUUUCGCCCUGGUCAAUGUCAUCUUUGCUAUCGUCCUGCUGAUUCUGGUCCUGAUCGCGUCCAUUUACGCCAUCGUCUCCAAGAACCCAGAGGUUCGAUAUCAACCCAUGCGUGACGAUCGAGGCAGUUUCAUCAAGUCUCAAACCGCUCUCACCACCGAACUCGAUGCUCUUGGCGCAACCGCCAGAGGCGAUGGACAAGAGACAUACACCAACGACAAGAAGAUUUAUGAUGAGACUGACUCCUUCUCCAGCGGAUCAUUGAAGCAACAACCAGCUGUUUCUCAGCAGCCCAUGUCUCAGAUGUACCCUAGUGAGGAUACUGGCAGACGUGGCCCUCAGCAAGGCUACAACAACCCUUCAUAUACGUACGCCCCCCAACAACAGUACGAUCGAAGCACCAGCAGCCUCGGAGACAACUAUGGUCCACCUCGAUCUGCACACUCGGGACAUCCCCAGCAAGGAGGAUAUCGGUCACAAAACAAUUCCAGCCCUUGGCAACGAGGUGCCGGGUACGAUUGACCACACUCGGGAGAAACACCAGAUGGUGGAGAGACCAACACCGCACGAGAGCGCCGAGGACGGACGGAGAUGAGUGAGAAGCAAGAAAGUGGAUAUUGGGAUCGAGAAUGGUGGAGAGACUACAACCAGGAGAAUGGACACAACCCUUACCGUCCCAAUUAAGAAGGUGCAGUCAUCCGGCAAUCAACUCUCAAGGUGUUGCGACAUUUGACGAGAACAUGAAGAUUUAUUGCAUGCUAUUUUGCAUUGUCCUGGGACUAUAUACUUUGAGUCGGCCGAGGGCUACAUCGGAAGAUGAGACGGACCAGACUUCUGUAUACACCAAUUCCUCGGGGUCUCUGGCAUUGAUUUUUGCAGGUGGUCCAGCCUUGCUACCAUGCAUGGACGUGGCGUUUCAAUGGGUCUCGUACUUUCCCACAGGUGUGACAGUACAAGUGUACGUUUACCUAAUGUAAGAGCUACGGCCCAAGUCUGCUUCUAGGUUAUAGAAGAUAAAUUUCAGCAAGAUUGCUUUGGUGUUGAUCACUCAUUGUGCCCUUUGCAGGUCAUGACUUCUGUGCAAUUACCUCGAGGUUGGUUCAACGUGCUACUGUAAUAUUGUGGCUUAAGUAUCAGGGGCCUGGCCCAUCAUCCUUCAAGCUGUGAUCCCUCUAUACCAAAGGAUUGGCCUUGUCAACUUUCAACCUUGGGAGCAUUCCCAAGUCACCCAUCUCGGAAUACAUGUGGAACAGGCACUAAGGAGGAUGAUUAGCUGGUGUGUCACAACACAACGCGAAUCCUGUGGGAUCUAGCGUCAAAAAGAACUCACUUCAAUGCUGUCCACGAAGCCCGUCCAUCCUAGACGUCUGGCUUUGUUCAUAUUGAGGCUGAGUAGCUGCAUCAAAGCAGCAUCCCCAAAGGAGAAAUUGGCGACGGUAUCUUCAAAUGGAUUGUCUACCAAUUGGCCUCCCGAGGAAGCCAUAAUUUCUUCCCAUGCCUUCUUAUUCUCCGGCUGUGAAGCCCACUCCACCAAGCUAAAUCGCACACGGAGUUCUGUGGGGGGUCCAUAUCUAUCGAUUUCCAACGUCAAAGGUCAGUCAUGGUCUGGCUCUUCAAGGGCAAAUGUCAAACAACAAAACAACUUACCCCAUGGGAGUAUCCUUGCCGGCCUUGCCCUUGAUGAUUUGGAAUUUGCUGAGAUCCUCUUCGGGAAGAACAAUGCCCUUUUCAACGCCGAACCACCGGACCAAUUCAUGGAAGAAGCGGUCCCAGGUCACUGGUCCGGUGUCUUGAGAGUUGAACCUCUCGUUUUGGCACUUGUCCUCCAGCACGAUCCACUCAGAUAGAUAGCCCGUCAACAUGGCAGAUGAAUGGUGCUGCUCAAAGGUCCAAGUGUUGAAAUCGCCGGCGAAAUGGAGCGGCUCACCCUUUUGAGCUUGCACAGCGGCAUAGUAUGCAUAAGGGAGGAUGGCAUUCAUCUGAGCGUUGUUGACGGCACCCAGGAUCCAUGCCGGCAUCACGACAUUCCACUUUGUGUUGUGAGCCUUGCACCAUUCAAAGAGCAAUUUCUCCUGGAAAUAGUAGAAGUUCGGCUCGAGGUGGGAUGGUUGCGGGUCAGACUCAAUCGCGGGAGCGCGGGCUCUGCCAAUGUGAAUGCCAUAGUUUUUGGCCCCGGUUUGUAGCAGGAAGCGCUUGGGGAUGAUAUUGGAAAUGGUUAGGGCCUUUAAGAAGUUAUCCAACAAGGCACUGUUGACCUUGACGAGUUCGUCGACGUUGGACCACACGGCGGCUCCCGGUGGGGGCUUCGGUUGAAGAUACGAGUAGAAGAAAAUAUAGUCGGCUUUGAUGCCAGCCCCAGACAUGGCAUCGGCAAGCUUUUGAGGGUCCUCGAGGAAGUCGGCCGCCACGUGUUGGACUCGAGAUCGUUGAUCCUCGGUCAGGAGAGCCAUCAUCGACUUGGGAGGUGGACGUCGCGACAAUGCAUAGACCUUGGACCACCGUUUGGGGCUCUCGAGGAGCACCCGCAUGGUGUGAAAGCCAGAGAUGCCAUUUGCGCCAGUCACGAUGGCCGUCAACCCUGUGAUGGAGGGAUCAAAGGUGGGAAGGUUAUGGUAAAUACCUUUUUGUUGCACUGGAUAGGCUGCCGAACCCAUGAUUGGAUGUAUAUAGACCGACACGGACACGACGAGGACUUGAUUAAGAAACUACACUCUAGAAAUGUUUGAG